AUGCCGCCCGAUCUGAAUUCGCUGCCACCCUCCGCUUCGAGCUCCCCGCAGUCCUCCCGCCCGCGCAGGAUAUCAAUCACGAGCGCAGACGUGUUCAGAAACAGCCCACCAUCCCCGCGCUCCCCAACCCUCUCCUCGCUGCAGGCUGCCGCGACAAUCAACGCUGGCCUCCACCGGUCUCCGAGCGGCGCGUCACCCGCCCGCAAUAGCCAAGGUCUGGAGCGCAGACGAUCAAGCCUCAUGAACAACCUCACCCUCAACGACCCCACAGCCCCCGCACCCGGCGAGCUGCAGGAAUCGCGCGGAAGCAGCAGCGGGAGUCCGAGAACUGACAGGCGAUCUCUCGCAUUCAACACGGCGGAUCCGCAUCACCAGAGACAACCCAGUCUUGGCGAGCUGCAUCAGGAACUGGAGAACGAGCAGGAGGCGCAGGUCAACAGGCUACUGCAGAUGAUACGAAUCCAGCAGAACGAGAUUGCGCAGAUUCAGCGGUCCUCACAGAACCCACAGGACCCGUCGCCUACAUCAACCGACCAAACACGCUUUCCUACCCCUCCAUCUACCUUGCUCACUCCGGGUACAAACGCCACGGAGCAGUCUUCCCCUCCUUCGGCGUCGAUCUCAGGAGCCUCGCCGCAUGCGCACAGCCACUUCAACCGCCCGCACUCAUUAUCAAGGCAGUCAUCGACUAUCAGAUCAAACGCAGGGACCAACAGCCGUGGCAACUCUCCUGCCCUGCGGCCGGCUUCUGGUAGUCUUGGUCCUUUGACGGAGGACUUUCUGCUGGGUGGAACAAGGGACGAAAGUGCGUUCUACCAGGCAGAGACGCAGAGCUUGACGAGGGAGAACCAGCUCCUGAAGCUGAGGAUACGCGAGCUUGAACGCCAAAUCUCGACCCUGACUACUUCUCCACCAGUCACCGUAGGUGCUUCAGGUGGCGAACUGCACAGUCCUUCACAGCAUUCACCUCUGGAGAGUCCACCAGCGACGUUUACCAGCGAGACCGCUCCUGCGAUGACAGCAGCCGUGACGGAUACUUAG